AUGGGUUGCACGUCAAGCAAGAAACGGAGAAUUAGGUCAAUGUCCACAUUUAUGCUAAAUCAGAUCAAUGAACUUAAAAUCCUACCAAGCACCUUCAUAAAAAUCAAUGAUCAGCCUUUUACAAAAGUUUAUCAAUCAGGUAGGACCCUAGGAAAAGGUGCCUUCGGAGAGGUCAGAUUUUGUAUCCAUAAAAAAACAGCGCAUCGCCGAGCAGUAAAAAUUUUUAAAAAAUCAAAAUUUUCUGACUCCCCCCUCCGUGAGCGAACAAAAUCAUUAGAAAAAUUCCUAUUUUUUUGCCUAAAAAUCCACGCUCCUUGAGCGAGCAAAAAUUUUUUUGGGAAAACAUUUUUGAUAUAUAAGUGAUAAUUAGUAUAAUGAAAUCUCUAGCUAAUUCUGUUUAAUUUCAAACAAAUUAAAUUAAUAUUUGCUUUCUAAUUUUUGCGAAUUAGGAUUUUUUUAAAUUUUCGAAAACAAAAAUUUCGAGAAAAUUUUAUAUAUAAAUUUUUUAAAAAAAAAAAAAAUAACCCCCUCUGUGAGCGAACAAGAUUUUUUUGUUCGCUCAUGGAGGAGGGGAGUGAGAACAAUUCUCUGCAGAAGCUAUUUGAAGAGAUUGAAAUUCUUAAGUUAUUGGACCAUCCAAACAUCAUAAGGGCUUACGAAUUUUUCGAGGACUCCGAGGAUUUUUACAUUGUGAUGGAGCACUGCAAAGGUGGAGAACUUUUUGAUGCAAUUGUAAGGAGAAAGUGCUUUAAGGAGCAUGAAGCUGCUUUGAUAAUGAGACAGCUUUUUUCUUGUCUCGCUUAUUUGCAUUCGAAAAAAAUUGCACAUAGAGAUCUUAAGCCAGAAAAUAUUUUACUCGACGAUAAGUCUGAUUGCUGAGGCAUAAAACUUAUUGAUUUUGGAGCAGCCACUCAUUAUGAAAAUGGCCAAUUUCUUCAUGGAUCAUUGGGAACUCCUUAUUAUAUCGCCCCAGAAGUGCUGGCAGACUGCUAUACUGAGAAAUGCGAUCUGUGAAGCGCUGGUGUUAUAAUGUACAUAUUAUUAACUGGAAAGCCACCUUUCGAUGGAACUACAGAGGUGGAGAUUUUAAACCAUAUCAAAGAAGAAAAGUACAAUAGUGAGUCUACUACCUCAUUUAAAGCCCUCUCUAGGGAAGCGAAGGAUUUAAUCAAGCACUUGCUGGUUCCUGAAAAAGAAAGGAUCAGUGCAUCAGAUGCGCUGGAGCAUGAUUGGAUCAAAAACAAUUUCCAAGAGCCACCUACGUCAGAUGAAGUCAUUAAAGCUUCUUUGAGUAAACACCUCAGCAUAAAUAGCGUACCAAUAUCUGAUGGCCAUUUAUAUGAUAAAAAUUCAUUUAAAUCAUCUAUUCACACAUCAAGAUAUAACUUACUAGGCUUCAAAAAUGAAAAUAAGAUAAAGGACGCAAUUAUUACAUUUAUAGUCACACAACUAGCUAGCUCUCAAGACUUACGAGAAGCACGAGAAAUAUUUAGGAAAUUAGACCAAAAUGGAGAUGGAAAGCUUAGCAGGGAAGAGCUUGAAAAUGGGUUUGAAAAUUUGGAUGGUUUUUCUCCAGAAAUAUUGGACCAAAUCAUGGACGAAGUUGACACAGACAACAAUGGCUACAUUGAUUAUACUGAAUUUCUCAAAGCUGCUACAGAUAUUAGGAAAUUCACUUCGGUAGCAAAUCUUCAGAAUGCUUUUGAUGCCUUCGAUAAAGAUGGAAGCGGGAAGAUAUCAGCUGAAGAGCUUAAAUACGUACUAAAAGAUGAAAAUUCAGAAGAUAUUGAAAUGUGAAACGAGUUAAUAAAGCAAGUUGAUCAAAACGGGGAUGGAGAAAUAGAUCUCAAAGAAUUCUCUGAUCUCCUAUCCAAGCACUUUUAA